AUGGCACCCAACUUCUUCGGGUGCGACGCGUGCGGGGCGCCCAUCCCAGCGACACACCCCCGCGUGCAGUGCGUCGAGCCGGGAUGCUGCGUUGAUCUGUGUGCGGUGUGCGCGUUGGGCGAACGGGCCAGCACGACGAGUGCUGCACACCAAGCCGGCCACAGGGCGCGUGUGUGGCGACAGAGCGGAGGCGGCGCACAGCAGGGUGUCGUGUCGGCCAUGAGCUUGGGGCUUGUUGCAUCUGGCCAGGCGCCGCAGACGGGAACGACGACUGCGGCCUCCUCCAGCUCGACGACACCCCCUCCUGGUCAGGUGCCAAGUCGGACUGCGUCUCCUGCCCUGCUUGUGUCUGUUCAAGGACAGCAAACACCACCCCUACCACCACUGCAGCAGCAGCAGCAGCAGCAGCAGCAACAACAACAACAACAGUCUUUCCUGCCUCCGCCCAAGCGCAUAUCAACUGCCGGUCCACCGCUGCCAGCCCGGAGUCGGAUGUCCAUGUCGAUGGGAGGAUUGAAUGGGGCCUCUGCGCCAGGCGGAUCAGCGCCAGGCGGAUCAGCGCCAGGUGGAACUGCGCCAGGUGGAUCCGUGCCAGGUGGAGCGGCACCGGGAGGGUCUGCAUCAGGGGGGUGGGCGCCGGGAGGAUCUGUGCCCGGGGGCUACAAUCCCUCCUCCUCCUCCCCUCCCCCACCUACAUACGGUGGCACGUCCUCAGGCGGCACCAGCUCCAGCACGGGCGGCGCGACAGCUGCACCAGCACCCGGCGGCCUCACCGGCUGGGCCCCCUUCUUCACGCCCGAGAUGGACGGCACCCCAGUCUACAAACACCUCAUGGGCGCGAUUUUCGCUGCGCUCGACCCGCGGCGGACGGGUGCGCUGCAGCCCGAAGUGUUCUCGCGCUUCCUCGCGGACCUGGGGUACGUCGGGCAGGAGAAUACGUGGACCGCAAGCCUGGUCGCGACGAUCGGGACGACGAAGGAGGAGGCGGCGGACGCGGCGUUGCGCCGGGCGUGGGAUCUGUUCAGCGUCGAGUACACACUUGCGCCCCGGCCGCGGGACCCGCGUGCGCCGCCGGAUGCGCUGACGCAGCAGAUCCAGAGCAUCGGGGGCGCGUUUGCGCGCGCGUUCACGCAGUCGACGUCCGCGGCGCAGUCGGCGUCCGGUGGGCAGAUGCCGAUGAUCACCCUGCGCGGGUUCAUGGAUGUCAUGGCGCUGGAGAUCCUCUGCGAGCCGUCACGGCAUUGGGGCGCGUUCGCGCGGCUGACCAAGAAUCCGGCGUACGGCUUGGCUGGACUGGUGGCUGCAUGGGGUGAACUGCCGCGGAGUGUGAUUCCAGAGGAGGCGGAUCCGCGAAUGCUCGAGCGCGUGAGGAAAGUUCAAGCGUUUGCACAGGAAAGGGCACAGAUCGAAUUGCAAGCGGCUCAUGCCAAGGCCAGUAUAGAGGCUCAGGGUCGGCAGAAUGCGCUGGACUUGAUUAGUGGGCCGAGGUAUAGACCAUGGUGA